AUGGCUGCGCCCAGCGAACCCGGCGCUGAGCCGGCGGUCUGGAACCAGACGGAGCCAGAGUCCACCACUGCCCACCUGCUGAGUCUACAUUUCCUGAAGUCACUGGGGGUCUGGGCACCCCCACUGUACCUCUGGGUCCUUGGCCCUGCCUACCUGUUCUAUCUCCAUCACCACAGCAGGGGCUACCUCCAGAUGUCCCUUCUCUUCAAGGCCAAAAUGGUGCUCGGGUCCGCCCUGCUCGUCCUGUACACCACCAGCGUGGCUGUGUCUCUCUGGGGAAUCCAGAAGGGGAGGCCCCAGGCCCCGGAGUUCCUCAUCCACCCCACCGUGUGGCUCACCACCAUGAGUUUCGCCCUGUACGUUGUCCAUGUGGAGAGGAUGAAAGGGGUCCAGGCUUCUGGGUUGCUGUUCGGGUACUGGCUACUCUGCUGCCUCUCACCGGCCACCAGCGCGGCCCAGCAGGCCUCACAAGGGGGCUUCCAGAGCGACCCUUUCUAUCACCUGUUGACCUACCUGAGCUUGAUUCUGGUUGGGGUGCAGUUUGUGCUUUCCUGCCUGGCGGAUCAGCCCCCUUUGUUUCCUAAAGACCUCCAACAGUCUAACCCAUGUCCAGAGGCCGGAGCCUCCUUCCCCUCCAAGGUCAUGUUCUGGUGGAUUUCUGGGCUUGUCUGGAGAGGCUACCGGAGACCCCUGGGACCAAAAGACCUCUGGUUACUUGGGAAAGAAAACUCCUCCAAAGAACUUGUUUCCCAGCUCAAGAAGGAAUGGACAAGGGGCCGAAGCCAGGCUAGAGGCACCAGUCUGUUCAAGGCCACACAGCAAAGAGGAGGCAGCCAUGCCGAGGCCCAGGAGACAGUGGCCUUCCUGCCGACGCCAAAAGCUGAGAGGGGCCCCCUGCUGUGUGCCCUCUGGAGGGUGUCUCGCUCUGCUUUCCUCCUGGGCACCCUCUGCCUCAUCAUCGGUGACGUCUUCAGGUUCCUGGUGCCCAAACUCCUCAGCCUUUUCCUGAAGUUUAUUGGUGAUCCCGCGGCCCCAGCCUGGAAUGGCUACCUCCUGGCAGUACUGAUGUUCCUCUGUGCCUGCCUGCAGACCCUCUUUGAGCAGCAGCACAUGUACAGGAUGAAGCUGCUGCAGAUGAGGCUGCGGACGGCCAUCAUUGGCCUGGUGAACAGAAAGGUCCUGGCUCUGUCCAGCAGCUCCAGAAAGGCCCGCGCCGUCGGGGACGCAGUCAACCUGGUGUCUGUGGACGUGCAGCGGCUGACCGAGAGCAUCCUCUACCUCAACGGGCUGUGGCUGCCGCUUGUCUGGAUAGUUGUCUGCUUUGUCCUCCUGUGGCAGCUCCUGGGGCCCUCGGCCCUCACCGCCCUCGCCGUCUUCCUGAGUCUCCUUCCGCUGAACUUCGUCGUCACCAAGAAGAGGACCCUCCACCAGGAAGAGCAGAUGCUUCAGAAGGACGCACGGGCCCGGCUGUCAAGCUCCGUCCUCCGGAGCGUGAGGGUCAUCAAAUUCCACGGCUGGGAGGAGGCUUUCCUGCAGCGAGUCCUUCACAUCCGGGCCCGUGAGCUGCGCGCCCUGCGGAACUCCGGCCUCCUCUACUGUGUGUCCCUGGCGUCCUUCCACAUGUCCACGUUCCUGGUCGCACUGGUCGUGUUUGCUGUCCACACUCUGGUGGCUGAGGAGAGCGCCAUGGACGCCGAGAAAGCCUUUGUGACGCUCACAGUUCUCCACAUCCUCAACAAGGCCCAGGCCUUCCUGCCCUUCUCCAUCCACUCUGUCGUCCAGGCCACGGUGUCUUUGGAGCGCCUGGUCGCCUUCCUUUGCCUGGACGAGGUUGACCCUGGCGCUGUGGACUCAAGUGCUCCUGGAUGCUCUUCUGCGAAUGGCAGUAUCGCUGUGCACCGUGGCACCUUCGCCUGGUCCCAGGAAGGCCCUCCCUGCCUGCAGAGGAUAAACCUCACUGUGCCCCAGGGCUGCCUGCUGGCUGUCGUUGGUCCAGUCGGGGCAGGAAAGUCCUCCCUGCUGUCUGCCCUCCUCGGGGAGCUGUCCAAGGUGGAAGGGUCUGUGAGCAUCACGGGUCCUGUGGCCUACGUGCCCCAAGAGGCCUGGGUGCAGAAUGCCUCCGUGUUGGAGAACGUGUGCUUCCAGGGAGAGCUGGACCCACCGUGGCUGGAGCGAGUCCUGGAGGCCUGUGCACUGUCACCGGACAUGGAACGAUUCCCCGCAGGGGUUCACACCCAGGUUGGAGAGCAGGGCAUGCAUCUCUCCGGAGGCCAGAAGCAGCGGCUUAGCCUGGCCCGGGCUGUGUACAGAAAGGCCUCAGUGUACCUGCUGGAUGACCCCUUGGCUGCCCUGGAUGCCCACGUCGGUCAGCAUGUCUUCCACCAGGUCAUCGGGCCUGAUGGGCUGCUCCAGGGAACGACACGGAUCCUUGUGACCCAUGCACUUCACGUCCUGCCCCAGACUGACCUGAUUGUGGUGCUGGUGGAUGGAGCCAUUGCCGAAAUGGGCUCUUACCAGGAGCUGCUGCAUAAAAAGGGGGCCCUGGUGGACCUUAUAGACCGGGCCAGGCAGCCGGAAGAUGGAGAAGGAGGUACAGACCCUGUAAUUCAUGCUGAAGACCCCAAAGGCUCCCCUGGAGGCAUAGUGUCCCUGGGAAGACAUAAUAGUAUCAGGUCUAUCAAAUUUGUCCCCAAGAAAGACACCACCACCUCAGAGGCGCAGACAUGCCUUGCCUUAGAUGACCCUGUGGAGACAGGAGAGCCGACUGAAGAAGGCCGAGUGUCAUUUGGCAGGGUGAAGGCCGCCAUGUACCUGACUUACCUACGCGCCGUGGGUGCCCCACUCUGCCUCUACGCCCUCUUCCUCUUCCUCUGCCAGCAAGUGGCCUCCUUCUGCCGCAGCUACUGGUUGAGCCUGUGGGCGGAUGACCCCGCCGUGGAUGGACGGCAGGCCCACGCGACCCUGCGGGGCUGGGUGUUCGGGCUCCUCGGCUGUCUCCAAGCCAUCGGACUGUUGGCGUCCAUGGCCGUGGUGCUCCUCGGUGGGGCCCGGGCAUCCAGCCUCCUCUUCCGGAAGCUCCUAUGGGACGUGGCACGGUCACCCAUCGGCUUCUUUGAGCGGACACCCGUUGGAAACCUGCUGAACCGCUUUUCUAAGGAGACAGACACAGUGGACGUGGACAUCCCAGACAAACUCCGGUCUCUGCUGACCUACGUGUUUGGACUCCUGGAGGUCAUCCUGGUGGUGGUGAUGAGCACCCCAGUGGCGAUUGUGGCCAUCUUACCCCUGAUGCUCCUGUACGCAGGGUUUCAGAGCCUCUAUGUGGCCAGCUCUUGCCAGCUGCGACGCCUGGAGUCUGCCAGUCACUCAUCCGUGUGCUCCCACGUGGCCGAGACGUUCCAGGGCAGCACUGUCAUCCGGGCCUUCCAGGCCCAGGGCUCGUUUGUGGCUCAGAGUGACAUUCGUGUGGAUGAAAGCCAGAGGGUCAGUUUCCUGCGGCUGGUGGCUGACAGGUGGCUUGCUGCCAACAUGGAGCUCCUGGGCAACGGCCUGGUGUUGGCGGCCGCCCUGUGUGCUGUGCUGAGCAAGGCCCACCUGCGAGCUGGCCUGGUGGGCUUCUCUGUCUCCACUGCACUCCAGGUGACCCAGACGCUGCAGUGGGCUGUGCGCAGCUGGACAGACGUGGAGAGCAGCAUCGUAUCUGUGGAGAGGAUGAAGGACUAUGCCCGGACACCUAAGGAGGCCCCCUGGAGGCUGUCCAUCUGUGCAGCUCAGCUCCCCUGGCCUCAGGCAGGAAAGAUUGAGUUCCGGGGCUUUGGACUGAGGUACCGGCCCGAGCUCCCGCUGGCUGUGCAAGAUGUGUCCCUCACAAUCCACCCUGGAGAGAAGGUGGGCAUCGUAGGCAGGACGGGAGCUGGGAAGUCCUCCCUGGCGAGGGGCCUGCUGCGGCUCAUGGAGGCAACAGAAGGCGGCAUCUGGAUCGACGGAGUCCACAUCGCCCAAGUAGGGCUGCACACGCUGAGGUCUAGGGUCGCCAUCAUCCCCCAGGACCCCAUCCUGUUCCCGGGCUCUCUGCGGAUGAACCUGGACCUGCUUCAGGAGCACACAGAUGAAGCCAUCUGGGGGGCCCUGGAGACGGUGCAGCUCAAAGCAGUGGUAGCCAGCCUUCCUGGCCAGCUGCAGUAUGAGUGUUCUGACCAAGGGGACAACCUGAGUGUGGGCCAGAAGCAGCUCCUGUGCCUGGCACGUGCCUUGCUCCGGAAAACCCAGAUCCUCAUCCUGGAUGAGGCCACGGCUGCCGUGGACCCAGGGACUGAGCGCCAGAUCCAGGCGGCCCUCGGGAGCUGGUUGGCCCAAUGCACAGUUCUGCUCAUUGCCCACCGUCUGCCCGCCGUGAUGGACUGCACCAGAGUCUUGGUCAUGGACAAAGGUCGAGUGGCAGAGAGUGGCAGCCCAGCCCAGCUGCUGGCCCAGAAAGGCCUCUUUCACAGGUUGGCACAGGAGUCAGGCCUGGUCUAA